AUGGAAGCGACGCUGACGCACGCAGCCACGACGCUGCUGACGUGCGCGUUCCGGGUGCUGACGCUGCUGCGGAUCGCGCCGCCCGUCCCGACGCCGCUGCCAGACCGGCUGGCGGCGAUCCCCGAGGGCUCGCUCGACAUCGACAACGGCAUCUACGACGACGACUCGUUCGACUGGUGGUCCGACAGCUGCGGCCUGCACCACCUCAAUCCGGUCCGCGUCGCCUACUUUUUGCAGAAGCUAGACGAGGCGGCGGCGGCAGCGGCAGGCGGCAAUGGUGGUGCCAAGGGCGAGGGCGAGGGAGAGGGUGAUAGGGUCGGGAGGGGAAAGGUGCAAGGAGAGAAGCGGCGACGACGUAGCGGCGGCGGUGGUGGCGGCGGCGAGAAGGAGGACGACGAGAAGGAGGACGACGAGGAGGAGAGGUACGAAGUCAUCGGACUCGACCCGUCGCAGCGAUCCAUCGAUGUGGCCCGGUCGCAUGCCGCCGCCGCCACCGCCACCACCGCCGCCUCUGGCCCUGGCCCGCUACGCAUCCGGUACGAGGUGGGAUCCGUCUACUCGCUGCCGCUGGCCACGUCGUCGAUCGACGCCAUCAUCUGCUCCGACGUCCUCGAGCACCUCUACAACCUGCCCCUCGCCCUGUCGGAGAUGGCGCGCGUCCUCAAACCGGGCGGCGUCGUCACCUUCGACACCAUCAAUCGGACCCCGCUCUCCUACUACCUCUCGAUCUGGGUGCUCCAGGACGUGCUGCGCGCCAUGCAGGCAGACGCCCACGACCACCGCAUGUACGUCACGCCGUGCGAGAUGCGCACAGGCCUCGUCGCCGCCGGCCUCGAACCGGGCCCGCAGCGCGACCUCGUCGGUAUCAGGCCCUCGCUCCACUGGCCCCACGUCACCCUCUGGCGCCUCUUGACGGGAAGGGCCGGCUUCAUGAGCGCCGUCCUCACCCGCUUCCAGCUCACCAGCAGCCUCGACAUCUCCUACCUCUACUGCGCUCGCAAGCCGCUCCGGCAGGAUGAGGGUGCCCGAGGACCUGGUCGCUAG